GGGUAGCCUCACAUAUUCCUCAAAGUCCUGUGCUUUCUCCAAGGUCUGCUGCUUUUGGCAGCUAGGUCGAGGAACUUGAGGACACACCAAAGACCCACUUUCAAAGCUAAAAUAUUGGCGAGCAUCCUUUUUUUUAAGGACUUGUAUUAUUUUCUAGUCUGGCCAGCAGAGAGUGGCAGCUGUGGGGUGCAACAAAGCAAAGCUUUAAGUUUCUUCAGCUUUGUUUCCAGUGGACACCAGGAUAAAAGAAUACCCUGUUCAAAGUCCAGGGUACUGAUGGAGGAAGUCAUUACAGGAAUUCCCAGUUUACAAGGCAAGGAAAUGAUGUUAGCAUCUCACCAAAGAAACCUAAGCUUAAGGAGGGAGAUGUGUCUGUGGUUUCGGUGCUGGUGAAGACAGCCUCACCAGAAGUAAAGGCGCACUGAUGCAGCUGUGCCCUGCAGGCAGGAAUCUGCCAAGCCCCUCGUUCUUCCCCAGCUGCUGCCCUUGGAGGUUACAGGACCUGCGCUGCGUUCAGCUAUGAAAUUUCUGUUGGUUUUUGAUUUUGACCAUACAAUCAUAGAUGAAAAUAGUGACACCUGGAUUGUGCAAUGUGCUCCUGAAAGAAAACUUCCGAAUGGAUUAAGAAACUCUUACCAACCAGGACAUUGGACAGAAUAUAUGGGCAGAGUUUUUGUCUACUUGGGAGACAAUGGUGUCAAAGAAGAUGAGAUGAAAAGAACUAUGACAACAAUUCCUUUCACUGCGGGAAUGAUAGAUCUUCUGGGAUUUAUUGGCGAGAACAAGCACUUGUUUGAUUGUAUAAUUGUUUCAGAUUCUAAUACAGUAUUUAUUGAGUGGAUUUUGAAAGCUGCUGACUUCCAUAAAGUGUUUGAUGAAGUGUUUACAAACCCUGCAGCAUUCAGCAGUACUGGCUAUCUCACUGUACAGCACUUCCAUGCUCACCAUUGUGCAAAGUGCCCUAAAAACCUUUGCAAAAGGAAAGUUUUAAAAGAAUUUCUAGAUAAACAGUUGGAGCGAGGAGUGAGUUAUGCACAAAUUGUAUAUAUAGGUGAUGGUGGGAAUGACCUAUGUCCAGUAAUGUUUUUGAAGAAAAAUGAUGUUGCUAUGCCCAGGCAGGGGUAUACCUUGGAGAAAAAGAUUUCUCAACUGGCCCAGAGUCUCAGUCCUGUACAGUGUUCUGUUCUGGUUUGGUCAACUGCAAUCGACAUUAUGUCCUACCUGAAACUACUUAUAAAGGAAUGAUUCAAAUGAUAAAAGGAAACUGGUCCAGUUGCAUUUUAACUUAUUGGGAGAGAAAAACUGCAUGUGUAUAAAAGCUCAAAAUUGUAAAAUUGGCUAUUACCUGAAAUUAUGGGUUGUUUAACCAUGACAUAAAACUGUUUAUGUUCAAGCCUGGUAAUAAUAGGAAAGUGCAGUAAAAAAAUGCCUUCUAACAGUACAGAUUCCAACUAAGUGGAGAAGGGGUGUUGGGACAGGACUUAUCAUCAGUUUUUGUCUACUCCCUCCCCUCCAAACCUUUCCCAAGUACAUAACUGAGGUUUUGCAAUCCCACACAUUUAGCGGAAGGAGUAGGAUUGCUAUUUAAAAUAAUUAAAUUCUUUACUGAGAAAAUAUUAGGUGCCAGGAGCAUGGUUCUGGAGCUGUUGGCUUUUAUAUUUCUUUGAUCUGAUGGCAAAUUAUUUGUUGUAAUCUUGUUUAAUCCGAAGAUGCAUUUAUAUUUUCAAUCUAUUAAAUAUUUUACCAAACAGAUUACUUUUUAAUAGUUUGUAUUAUCUUGUUUUGUAAAGACAAUAA